GUUCCGAGCCCUCCGUUCCCGACUUGGAAGGGGACCUCCUCUUCCUCUUGGACAGCUCCGGCAGCGUCUCCUACUACGAGUUCUCCAGGGUCAAGGAGUUCAUUGGGGACCUCCUUCGCCCCUUCACCUUUGGGCCCCAUGACGUCCAGACGGGCAUCGUCCACAUCAGCACCGUGCCCAGCCUGGAGUUCCCUUUCGACCGCUACCUCUCCAGCGGGGCGGUCCAGCACGCCGUGCGCGGCAUCCACCAGAAGAUGGGCGACACCAACACCGGGAAGGCCCUCUCCUUCGCCAAGGAGAAGCUCUUCACAGAGGAGGCCGGCGCCCGCCCCGACGUGCCCAAAGUCAUGGUGUGGGUCACUGACGGCUUCUCCACGGACGACGUGUCCCACCCCAUGCGGCUCCUGAAGGACAUGGGGGUCACCGUUUUCAUCGUCAGCACCGGACGAGGGAACUACUUGGAGCUUUCCGCGGCGGCCAGCCAGCCCCCCGAGAAGCACCUGCAUUUUGUGGACGUGGACGACCUGACCAUCAUUACGAAGGAACUGAGGAAUGCCAUCACAG